AGUUCUGAAAAUUUCUUUGAAAAAAAUAUAUAUAUACUAUUGGAUUGGAUGAAUAUCAUGUGUUGCGACCAAGGUGAGAUUGUUUGGAACAAUAUUAAUAAUAAUAUUGAGGAUGCAGAUGAUGAAGAUUUUCAAUACCUUCUGCUUGCUGCUUCUUCUAGUCAUACUAACUCCUCCAUGGAAGAAGAAGAAGAUUCACACAACCACCAUUUCUCUUCUCCCGACGAACAUCUUCAUCUCCGUCGCGGCCGCCAUCGAAACCCUCUUCAUCUUCCACCUCCUCCGCCACCUUGUUCUUCUUCUAAUCUGGAACAAGAACUAGCCGGAGUUGAUGAUCAUCAUCAUUGUCGAACUCCAGAUCAAACCCGACUCAAAAGACUCAAGUAUUCUCAUCUAAACCACAAGGGUGAAGAAGAAAUUGAGAGUCAUGAAGAAUCAACAAGUUCAUUGGGAUUGAAACUCAAGAAAUCACCGUCUCUUAUUGAUUUGGUGGAAAGGAGAUUAUCUAAAGGAAGGGUUCCCAGCCGUUCUAAUUCUAACAGCCCUGACCAUAAUAAUAAUAAUAAUAGUACUAAGAAGCCGAGUUCUUCCAAGCUUGAUUAUGGAUCUCUCCCCAUGUCUGAAAAACUCAAGGCUUCUAAUUUCCCAGCAUUGUAUUUGAAAAUUGGCAACUGGGAGAGAAUCUCACAGAAUGAAGGUGAUUUGGUGGCGAAGUGUUACUAUGCUAAGAAGAAGUUGGUUUGGGAGAUAUUGGAAGGGGCACUGAAAAGCAAGAUUGAGAUUCAAUGGAGUGAUAUUAUUGGCAUUAGGGCAACUGUGGUUGAAGAUGAACCAGGGACUUUAGAAAUUGAGUUGAGUCAAGCACCUUCAUUUUUCAGAGAAACCAAUCCACAGCCCCGUAAGCAUACCCUUUGGCAACCUACUGAGGAUUUUACUGGAGGCGAAGCUCCUACAUAUAGUAUACACUAUGUGAAAUUUGCACCGGGAGCUCUUGACAAGCACUAUGAGAAGCUCUUACAAUGCCAUCCAAAUUUACAAUCAAUCAGCCGAAAGCCAUUCCCUACUCAACCAUCUCCUUAUUUCAGGAGACAUAAUUCAUAUGACUUACCAUCCAAUUUCGUUUUGCAUGGAUAUGGAUCACAUCUCCACCAAUUUUCUAACCCUAAUUGGACACCACAAAAUCAACCAGAUCUUUCAAAUUUACGAUGGUCAGGUUUGGAACAGUAUCCAUCGACAGCGGCAUUGAACAAUAUGAUGGUGUUGGAAAAUGGAACUAUCUAUCCAUCUCAACAAGUCCUCCCGCAUGAAGGGUUGAGGAGCAUUCCGCAAGCGAAUGUUGGUCCGCUCAAUUACAUCCAGAACCAUCUGUUAGGCGAAAAUCAUCAGAUGAUCUGUUCCAGCGAAGAUCUGAUCACACAAGAUCAUAUCAUGUCAAUGCAAAAUCCUUUAGCACUUCAUCAUCAUGGCCAGUUACAACAAAUUGCGAAUAUUAGGGCGACGGCCUCCGCCGCCGGAGGGAUGAUGCAACAAGAUUAUGAUCAUGAUCAUCAUACUUUGAUGAUGAGUUUACAAGGGCAACAAGACUAUAGAGAUAUUACUGCACAGCCUGCUGUGGUGCCGGUGAAUGCAGUGCCUUUGAUGAAUUGGGAAAUUGUGGAAGACUUGAGCACACAACAAGCAAGCAUUAAGGGUUCACCCUAUGAUCAAUAUCACUAAUUACUUUUAUAUGAUUUGAAAUUUUUUUUAUAUAGUUUUACUGAGCCUUAUGUUCAGUUUUUAGAAUGAAUAAGAGUGUGUUUUAGCAGAG